AUGCCUUCUCUUGCGCCGCAGGUAUUGGGGGAACAAGUGUUGGCUGCGAUGGAGUGCAAGGUCACCCAUGAAUUCCCCAUCGCAGAUCAUGUUAUCCUUGUCGCCAGAAUCAACAGCAUAGAGGAAAGGGCUUCCAAGGAUCCAAGCAUCAUGUAUAUCAAUGGUGGAUACCGUAAUCCUGCGGGCGAAAAGCUCUACACUCCUACAAGAUCCACACAAUCCGCAGCCGGUGAAGGCGUUUUCUCGGUAUGGGAUUAUCCUUUGUUUCCCGGAGAAAGAGAAAGACAGGACUACAUGGGGAAAAUCAAGACCCUCAUCAAAGACACCCCUGCCUUUUACGAAAAGCCAUCUGCCGAGACCUUUAGGAACAUCGAAUCGAGUUUACCGUACGCUACAGGGAAUUUCGGAAUUGGUCUAGAGAUUCUUGUCGCGGAGUGCCGAAAAGAAAUGGGUCUCCCUGCGCGCUUGCGUGCCGAAGCGGAAGGACGACAAGUCUUGAGUGACUUCUACGGGCCAUUGACGCCGGCAAUGAGGACACAGAUUGUCGAUCGAGCGAAAAGGCUCGUUGCGUUGGAUGCGCGCUUUCUGUCUCAACAUUACCGCACUCUCCUAUACAGCUUGGGCGUCAACCCUAGUAGCAGAGAUCUCCUACCAAGCGACAUCAUGGAGCCUCUACGAGCAGCAAACUUAGCACCACCUUUCGACCCCCGCCGAGGACAUGUCAAUGGCGGUAUCGAGGAUAUCAUAAAAGUGGAACAGCUUGAGUUCCACCUACGAGGUUAUCUUCGGAACAUGAAAUACGAGGCUGCGUUGAAAAUGCCCCUAGACGCGGCCAUGGAAGCCAUCAGUGAACGCAAAUUAGCGGCUGUAUAUUUCAAAAAAGCACGAGCGCGCUUACUCACCCAGACCCAUCCUCAACUAUUCGAUACUUCAGUCAUCGACAUCGCUGGCGAGGUGACACAAGUAGAAGCUCGUGUAGUUCUAUGCCGCUUUAUUAAAGCCCUACAGGUCGACUCUGAAGUGGGCCUUCGAAAGCACAUCUUCCAAGACUGGCAUGAGCUUUUGCGCCGAGUCGGCGUAAAUCCUACCAUCACGGGAGUGGAUGUGGGCUUUCUUAUGGGCAAGAUCCAACAUCUGUACUAUUCGAACAAAUCGUUCAGUGGGUUUUCUGGCGCCGUUGAAGAGAUGCUGCGACCUUGGUUUGUUCAGCAAGUUAGCUGGGAAGACCUUGAGGAGCGCGUCAGAAGCUUUGUUCAGGAGACCCCACUGCGCGCUACAGGAUGGUCAGGCAGAGACAGACUUGCCGCUAUGGGCCUGCGCUGGGAUGCCACAGUUGCGCUACCGAGCAACAAUCCUUCUAAGCAGGCGGGUGAGAAACCGCUGAACCGAGGCGUUAUUCUGGACACGCUCGUAGCAAAGGAGCUGAAGAGUUACUACGGCAGUGGCACUGAGGAAGAGAACCAUGCCAUCGCCAAGUACUUGAAGGAGACGUACAGCUUCGACAUCACACACAGACCGAUACAGUACGAACCCGCAGCGCCUACAUAUCAAUCCUCGAGUGAUGAGAUGCAACAAGCUUUGAACGCAGCUCCGGUUACUGCUCGAGAAGAGGCACAAUCUGAGCAGAUCUUCUAUACACCAGACAGCAUAAGCUCUUCUCGCAGGGCAGGCGGGUCGCCAAAAGUUCGGCAGAUAAAAGCAGAUCGGUCGUUGAAGAUUACACGGCCUACUUCAGAACCUCGUACCAAGCACGAAGGUAAAGGCAAGCAGCGCAAGGGUGGCCAAGGGUCGGCUGAGGGACGUUGGGGCACUUACUCUUUUAUCGAAGGAAGGAAUGAGUAA